AGACAAUUCAGUUCCACGGAAGUGGGAGUGGCGUGUUGAGCCGACCAAUCGUGAUGCGAGUACUGACCAACAAGCCUUGGCAUGUCCUUCCCGGCAGAGAACUAGUGCGAAUCCACGUGUCGUGAAAGCUGUCAUUUCCACAGGCAUGAAAAGGCCUGGCGUCAGCGACCGUGGAGGGACCGGAAGUGGAGGGGAAAUGCUUCGGCAGAGCCCCUCGCCUGUAUCCCAGAGCACGACGUGCCACUUUGUCUCCCCUUCGCUUGAGGCAGAGGCGCAUGGAACGAAGGGCCAUACCAUGAAACGGACUCCAAGCAAGAUACAGAGGGUGGAGCGUCGCAAGGCGGCGCUGAGGAAGAUGGCAGCUCUGAAGAGGAAGAGGAGAGGCCUGUGCUUAAUGCUCAGGGGCCAGGGAGAUACGGGACCUGGGACGGAGCCACACCGUGCUGGGAAAGGGGAGUGGGAGCUGGACAGUGGGUUCUCAUCUGAGGUCAGCAGCGGGCGCAGCUCCCCCUGCGCUGCGAUUGGCCCGGCUCAGCUGGUGGCUAUGGACUGCGAGAUGGUCGGCACGGGGCAGGACGCCCGCUGCAGCGAGCUGGCCCGAUGUAGCCUGGUGAAUUACCACGGUGAAGUCCUGUAUGACCAGUACAUCCAGCCCCAGCAACCCGUCACAGACUACCGCACCCGCUGGAGUGGCAUCUGCCAACAUCACCUGCUGCACGCUGUGCCCUUCCAACAAGCCAGGGAAGAGAUUCUACAGAUUCUGCAGGGGAAGGUUGUGGUGGGCCAUGCCUUGCACAAUGAUUUCCGGGCACUGGGCUUCAUUCCCCCCCGUCACAUGAUCCGGGACACCUGCUGCACGCGUCUGCUCAGACAGCUAUCCGGCAUGCCGGCUGGACGCAGCAUCUCUCUGAAGAACCUGGCCAAGACCCUGCUCAACAGGGACAUCCAGAUGGGUAGAGUGGGACACAGUUCGGUGGAGGACGCAGUGGCUGCAAUGGACCUGUACAAACUGGUGGAGGGACAGUGGGAGCAGGACGUCCUCAAUAAAACCCAGAACCUGGACGUCUUCCUGUCCCCCGUGUCAGACUCCUCCCAUAGUCACUACAUGCAGGACCAGUAUUGGCCGGCAGACCUGACCGAAGACUGAGGAUCCAAUGGGUGCUAUGAAGCUGUACCCACCUCAGCUGCUUAGCACCCUAGAGCAAGUAUUUGUAGUGCAGGAGGACAACGGCUUGUUACAGAGCUGGUUGAUUACAGGGGGAUUGUGUGGAGCUGUUGUGUUAGCAUCUGUGGGAACAUGGUGCUUUUCUGACCACAGGCUGGAUCACGAUCAUGCUAUACUCAGAAGCUAUGAUUUGGUCAGGGCCUUUUGCUGGCAUAGAGAACUUGAGCACUAAGUGGACCUGCAUAGCACCCUGGCAAAUGUGAUUAUCACAGUUGUGAGGCACCUUGAUCAGGAGGAACAAAAAUAUUAUUAAAUAUUAUACCUCAACUACAGAUGUGAUGAUCUGUGAUGUCACUGAGCUGCAGCAUGUUGCUGCGACUGGUAAGCGGCAGAUUUAGAUUGUGAGACCGUUUGUCUGCAUUUUAUAUGCUGUGUGAUUAUUAAAACAUUAUUUAACAUGUCAGGAUGCAAUUCUUCAUUGCUUGUGGAAAGAUGAGGUGACUUCACCCAUGUCGGAGCAGAAUCUGUGAUUGAAUGACAGAUGUGCUCCUUUAAAACAUGAAGAUGUCUGCAGUGUACUGCCAGUCUCUUAAUAAAGGGUGUAUUACACUGA